UGCGGCCUCCCACCUUCACAUACACCCGCCUCCAUCUCCAUCACCGCCGCACUGUUGAAGCAUGCCAGCUCCCUUGAGCUUGCUUCCAUCGCCCCGCACCGCUUUUCAAGUGUUUACCAUCUCCUCGGCUGUUGCCCUCGUAUCCUACCGUCUUCUGCAAGCCUCAGCGUCCACAAACAUGCCCGUCGUCAGCGCAGGCGUUGUCAACGACCAAGCCCACCUCACCGGCAAGACGCGUGAGGAGGUGUUUGAGUACCUGGCCAACUUUGACAACAUUGCGUCGUGGGACCCGGGUUGCCUCAAGUCCAAGCGCGUUGACAGCGGACCCCUCAAGAUUGGCUCAUCCUUCGACCUGGUCACAGUCUUCAAGGGCACAGAGUCCAAGAUGACGUACACAAUCACAAAGCUCGAUGCACCGAACGAGGUGGUGCUGGAGGGUGAAUCUGCCAUGGUGCGGGCCAUUGAUACCAUCAAGGUGCUCCCAUCCCCUGACGAUCCAAACAACGUUGUCGUUGAUUACACAGCCGACCUCUCCCUCAAGGGCUGGCGCCGGCCCUUCAUCCUCUUCCUCAAGAACGACCUCAACAAGCUCGGGAGGGAUGCCAUGGAAGGAUUGGAAAAGGCAAUCAACCCCAAAUAGGCCGUGUGUGUGUGUGUGUGUGUGUGUGUGUGUGUUGUUAACGGUAUGUUCGCGGCAUCAUGCGCGUCGACACAGUGCUCUGGGGCGCCUGUGCCACGACAACUUGUGUGCGUGUGUGUGCAUCGCUGUUGACGCCAUGCAGUUAUUAACACGAGGCGUGGAACCGCGUGCUUGAACAGCCAAGGCUUUCGUCUCUAUUUCUCUCUAUUGUGCAUGACUCGAUGAUUGGCAGCAUGCUGCCGCUGUUAACAACACAAACAAACGCAAUGAAAUGACUACCAACAAUGGCA